AUGUUAUCCUUUAUGCUACAACCUUCGGCAAUAAUCAACUGCCCCAAAAUUAUCAGAGGAGACUUUAUGGGACCAACUCAUGCAAAUGUAAUCAGUUUAAAUAUAAGGAAGAGGAAGACACUUUUAUCUGAGGAUUACUUUCUGAAUAUUACAAAGGACUGUAAAAACUACAGGACCAUCAGAAAAUUUAUUUCCUUUUCAAUGAGCAAGGAAGAGGAAGCAUUUCCCAUUGCCUACUCUAUGGUGAUCCACGAAAAGAUUGAAAUGUUUGAGCGGCUUUUAAGGUCAAUAUAUGCCCCUCAAAAUAUUUAUUGUGUUCAUGUAGAUGCUAAAUCUCCAGAGACUUUUAAAGAGGCCGUGCGAAGCAUCGUCUCAUGUUUCAAUAAUGUUUUUGUGGCAUCUAAGCUGGAAAGUGUGGUCUAUGCUUCAUGGUCGAGAGUCCAGGCUGAUCUCAACUGUAUGGAGGACCUUAUAAAAAGCAGCAUUCAGUGGAAAUACCUUUUAAAUACCUGUGGAAUGGACUUCCCGCUGAAGACUAAUGCUGAAAUUGUGAGAGCUCUGAAGUUAUUAAAUGGUAGGAAUAAUCUUGAAUCCAUGAAAGCACCUCCAAGAUUCUCAAGAUGGUUUUUUCACCAUGAGGUGCAAGCAUCUGUUAUUAGAACCAACACACAAAAAACCUUUCCACCAAUUGGCAUUCCAAUGUUUUCAGGCAGUGCUUAUAUUGUGGUCACGAGAGAUUUUGUGAAGUACAUACUCGAAGACUUAGAAAUUCAAAAAUUCCUUAGAUGGGAGAAGGAUACUUAUCACCCAGACGAGCAUGUUUGGGCAACAUUGCACCGCAAACCUAAAGUACCUGGAUCCAUACCUUAUCAUAAAAAAUAUGAUGUUUCAGACCUGCAUUCAAUUGCAAGGCUGGUUAAGUGGGAACGCAAUGAAGGAAAUAUAUAUAAAGGGGCUGUAUAUGCACCAUGCACUGGAACUCACCAGCAUUCCAUUUGUAUCUAUGGACUUGGAGAUUUGCCAUGGUUGGUAAGAAAACAUCACCUCUUUGCCCAUAAGUUUGACCCCACAGUGGACGAUAUGGCAAUACAAUGCCUAGAAGAAUAUUUGAGGCAUAAAACUCUGUACAGGACUGAGAUGUGA